UGCCCAGUGACGCAGUUACGUCACCAGUCGGUAGGCGGAAAAGCGGCAGUGUGUUUCUGUAUCUGGAGAUAAAGCCAAACCGGGUGUUUUUAUUAAGGAGAUACAUAGAGGGGAUAUACAAAGAUUAGCUUUCUACGUGCUGAAAUGGCGGUUCCUGUGGGUCAGACAGAUCUACAGAUGGACAGAGGCGCCCUGAGCGGCCAGACGGUUUCCUCCGAAAACAACAUUGACAUCGACGAGAAAGAGUUGGAAAAAAUCACAAAGAAACACCGAGAAGACGAUACGUCUACGCUGCCUUUGCACUCACCUUGGACGUUUUGGCUGGACAGGUCAUUACCAGGCACGACGGCUGCAGAAUGUGAAUCCAAUCUGAAGAAGAUCUACACCGUGCAAACUGUUCAGAUGUUCUGGAGUGUAUACAACAACAUCCCUCCAGUCACAGCCCUGCCUAUGAGAUGCAGCUAUCACUUAAUGCGUGGAGAACGGAGGCCGCUGUGGGAAGAAGAAAGCAACGCAAAAGGAGGGGUAUGGAAGAUGAAAAUACCAAAAGAAAGCGCUUCUGCAGUUUGGAAAGAACUGUUACUUGCUACUAUUGGGGAGCAGUUUGCAGAUUACUGUGCCUCAGACGAUGAGGUUGUUGGUGUCAGUGUUAGCGUUCGAGACCGGGAAGAUGUUGUACAAGUCUGGAAUAGAGAUGCAUCACUUGCUAAUGAAGCAAAUAUCUUGGCCAAAGUCUAUGAGCUCCUCCCGUAUAUAUCUUUUAAAGCUGUUUUUUAUAAGUCUCACAUGGAACAUCACGCCUUUGAAGGAGGACGCUCAAGACAUUAGAUUGCAAUGGACUUUUUGUUUUAUUUUAACCUGAACUCUGUACCUGCCUUGACGCAAAGGUGCUGUCCACCAACUAAUCAAGGAUAUUAUUUUGCAUUCAACAAGGAAAUGUUAUCAAUAUAUUUUUAUAACUUUUAAUGACUGAUGCCGUGUUUCAUUUUGAUGUAGGUCGUGAGGCUCUGAAGAAAGCUCAGAGAAUGUAUAGCAUAAAUCUCAUCCACAGUUAUUAGUUCAUGUUGGUUUUGACUUCCUCCUAUACUGAACUGCACUGUCAUGGUCCUUUUCUCUGCUCGGCCUAUGGACCUCACGAUAUAUUCCUGGUAUAGAGGUAGCAGCUACAUAAUCGAGUGUUUUUUAACAGUUUGAAACGUAAGACAUCUCAAUUUCAUGUUUUAAUUAAGUCAGCUCAUUCAGUGCCAAAUGUUUUAGUCAGCUGGAGUGUUUCCCCACUUCUGACGAUAGAGCGAAUGUCCCAUUUGGUUUCUUGAAACGUCAUGAACUGUACAUCAAACUUAAAUCGGGGUAACACAUGACUACCUAUUCAAAUCACAGUGUCCCUCAGUUAUAAAGCCGUCAUAGGGAAUCAGAACAUAUCCCAGCACAGAUAUAGCCCUAAGAAAUUCAAGAUUUGGUUUGUGAGAUGUUUUUUUCCAGCUUUAGUUAAGGAGCAAAACCCACUCUGAAAGGUGCCUCUUUGAAUGUUCUCAGCCGCACCACAUUUGACAUUCCUCUCAACACGCGUGUUGAACGUAGACCCUCUGCUCUCCUAAAUGGAGUCACGGAUUGUUUAGUUUGUUACUCUGAAGUGAUACUACACAUUUUUGUUCUCAACUAGUGGUGCUCCUUAGUACUUGUCUGUACUUGUUUCCCAUACCAAUAAAUCUAGUUUGCUUUACUGGACUGUGUCCUUAUAACCGUAACACAGAGAAAAAUGCAGCAUAGUUUGCUUCAAAGGAAGUAGUGAGGUCAUGAUAUUCCCAUAUUUAGCACGAUAUCUAGAUACAAUAUACCAAAUUUUAUCUUAAGAAAAUGAGACAGAUGUGGUGAGAUUUAAUAGUCAUUGAGUCAAUGUAGACUGCUGCUACAAAGAAAAGUACACUUUAAACAAUAAGUUACACCCUAUGUGAUCAUGUCCAUAAUGAUAAAUACCACCACUAUUAAUCCCUUUUCAUAUCUGGGCCAUUUUUCUGAGACUUCUCUAACACAGUUAACAUACUAUAGUUUUAUUGCAGUGUAGGCUACAGUAAACUGAAUGCUUCUGGUAUUAUCGGUUGUCACACCACUUUUAUAGUUCAACUUUGGGCUGGUUGAUAAGUUAGGUAUAAGGGGACAAUAAUUCCUUUGUAAAUGUGAUUUUUGCAGUGACAUGGACAAAGUAAAUAAAAUGGAAAUGAAAAUACAA